UCUCAGGAAAUUCCAAAUGGUUCUAGAAACAUAUUGUAAUCCAAAUAUAGUAAAAUACAAAUUUUUGCUUCCACAUUUUAAGCAUCUGAAUUCUGUUGGGUUUCUAAGUGCAAUGGAAAAACAACAGUUUGUCCAAGCAAUAUCGUACAGCAAUACCAGGAGCAACAUUUAUAACUUGGUUGGGAACAGCAUGUGCACAGUGCAUUUUUCCCAGAUUUGGCAUGCGCUUGUCACAGAUGAGAAUAUUAUGAAAUGUCCUGAAAAUAUUGUGACUAUUUUAAACCAUAUAUGUUCUGCACCAAAAGAUAUAGUUCCACACAUCAUUAGAAAUGAUAUCUUUGACAGAAUUGAAAAACAAUUGAUUGCAAAACUGAAGCAUGGAGACCUCCGACUUCUUGUUAAAGUUUCGGCAGUAAAGAAAUACCUGGAAAUGCAACUUGUUUCUAAAAAUUUGCAACUCACAAUUAAAGAUCAUUGGGAAAAAAUAUUGCACACCAUGCCAAGUUUGAGUACUGUUGAAAUGCUGAGUGUGAUGACCUACUACAGGAUGGAGAGUUUUCACCUCUCACAGGAAUCCUUGAGGAUUCUUACCCAGCAUAUGGAGGAGAUUUUCCCAAAGUUACAGCCAGUUUAUUCUGUUCGGUUUCUGAGCAUGUUAGGUGUAAUGAUAAGGAAACACAAAGGAGAAAACCUCUCUCAUUUCAAUAAACUGUUGACUUUAAUGAAUACUCAUUCUUAUGCUGACAUGUUUCAAAAUGUUCGCAUGUUUGAGAAAUUACUGAUCAAGUGGAAGCUUAUCUGUCUGUCGCCCGAUGCCUUCAAGAUGUAUGUAGAGCUGAAUUUGCUUUCCAGGCAAGGGUUUGGGAGAGACAGAAGGUGGCUACCCAUAGUUUUAGACUGUAUAGAAAGUAAACUUGAUAAUGCAACGAGAAGGGAUUUGAUGGAGAGGAUUUCAGCUGUUUGUAGAGGAGAAACACAUUUAAAGAAACUUCUUCAAAUUUGUUUCAAUCUCAUUCACGUUUCGGACGUUAGCAUUGACAAAUGUAAACACACUGAAUUUUAUAACGAGGUUCUACAAUUGAUCGAUACAAAGUUGUCUGACUUAACUGAUCUGAAAGAGUUAGCAGAAUGUUUUUCAUCAUCUCUUGAUUUCAGAUCAAAUUACAGACAUUCAGUAAGUGUGAAGGAUACCAUUAGCAACUUGAUCGAGAGGGUAUCAAAAGUGAUUUUACUUCCACAUUCAAGAUCAGAUGCUGUACUGCUCGGUGAAAAUAUAAGUCAUCACUACUACAAUGAGUCUAAUGCUUUUUUUCACCUCACGACUCCCGCUGUGGACCAGCUGGUCACAAACUUAUUGAAGGAAGAGCAAACAUGUAGUCUCAAUUGUUUUAUUGCUCUGACUAAUCUGUUAGAAUCUGGUGCAAUGAGCAGAUCAAAGUUGGAAGAACUUGAAAAGUUUGCAGAUGUGUUAUUUAGAGAAAACAUGGACUCCAUGAGGAUAGACUCCUUAUUGCUGGGUUUGGACAACUUGUGUCUAGCAGGUGUUUUUCCCAAGAAGACUCUAAGAGCCGUUCUUUCAUCAGAUUUUCUAGAUGUUGUGGAUCAGUGCAUCAACAAAAAGUCUCAGCGAGUUGUGUGUGUAGAACAUAUUGAAUACCAUCUGCUGAGACUGAACCGCACUGUUGUCCUCGACUGUCCAGAAUUGGACAUUCCUUGGUUUUGUGGGCAUGUUGGUGUUGAGAAGAAAUCCUACCCAAAAUAUCUCAUUAAAUACUAUGAAAUGACUGAGACAGCGCUGUGUAGAAUUCUAGGUGGGAAGGAGUUCCUUGGUGUGAAUUCAACAACCCGACUCAAGCAUAUCGUAGAUUUCCAGUGCUUUUUAAGUUCUUAUGGCCAUCCUAUCCGACUAGACAGACUAGACUUGGACAAACCUUUACCUGCUGGUGUUCAAAAGGUUGCAAUAGAUCUGCUUCCUGACAUUCUUUGGGGCAAUAAACCUGAGGUCAUGUUCCAAGAGAAAAAAAGACAUUUGGAAAAGGAAGACUACAAUUAUAUGCAGGUGAAAAGGGAUUGCAUGCGUGGACUGGCUUUAUCAGGAGUCGAACAUCUUGAAGAAUACUACACUGACAAAAUCUUUAGAUAGAUAUUCUGUGAUUUCUACACGGAUAUCACUUAGUGACGAUGUUGAUUAUUAUCUGGUAAGAAUCCAUAAUGUGGCCAGUUCAGGGACAGACUUGGACAAUGCGAUGGUAUGAUUAAUACAUCAUUUAAUCCAGGAGACUGUUGCUAUUAGCUCAUUAAAGGCCAAAGGGUGUGUUGAUGUCAGCUCAACAAAGACCAAGGAGUCUCUCUUGUGGAUUGUUAAUCAAAGCCAUUGUUGGCAGCAACAAUUGUGUUCUAACUCAACUUUUCCACUCUGUGUUUACUAUAUAUUUGAACAUGCAUAACAGUUUGUGCCAAAAAGGUUUUGACCUAAGAUUGCCAUGCACUAUAGGUUUUGAUUGGCUGAUUGUUAGAUCUGUAAUUCAAUUGAUACAUUUGAAUUUUAUUACAAUAAUAAUCCCUUUGAUGGUUUGAUAACAAAUGACUCCUUACAUAAUUACUCAGAAACUACCAUAUAUAAGUUGGUGUUCAGUUAGAUAUGAAGAAAAUAAUAGCACAGUUCUGGAGAUAUAUAUAUGGUUAUAUGGAACAAUGUAUCUACAGGGGCGGCUCCAGGACUUGAUAUGUCGGGGGUUCCUUCGACACAAGAUAUGUCGGGGGUUCCUUCAAAUUGUGUCGUUUGUUGUCUACCAAACCCAGGGCAUUGAUGGCUUCUUCAGGUACAUCAUGUUUCUUUGGGGAAAACUCAGUAAAUCUCACAACUUGAUCAGCCAUGUUCAUCAUGUUUCGUAACACAGGAACGACACUGACCUAAACAAUACAUUAGUUCAAUUGAUAAGAAAUACACCAAAGAGGAAGAGUUUUAGCUCAACCUGUUACGAGUAACCGAGAGCUAAUGCUGUCACCCCGUCGUCCGCGUCCCACCCCAAAACUUUAAAGUUUUUGGGGUAAGUUUUUGGAACGCUUGUAAGUC